AUGGUGGGCGCGGGACGCCGGGCCCGCGUCACGCCGAACAGCGGGCAGGGCGCGCGGCGCCCUCCAUCCACGCCCGGCCGGGGCGCGGCGCGGCGGCGGCGGGCGCGGGGACCGCCGGCCGAGGGAGGGACGAGAAAACGACAGGCUGGUGGCACGGGCGGCGCAGUCGGCGGCACAGGUAGCUCAGGUCCAAGGGAACCAGAUGUAAACGGCAGUGCCGGGCUUGAGCAGAACCCACCCUCCUUGGCCUGCGGAUUAAAGUUGGCUGGGUCUUCUUUUAAAAAACUCAAUCGAAAGAACAGGCUGCAUGUGUCGAGGCUCGACGCGGUGGCUGGGAGCGCGGCCGCCUGCGACUGUGGCCUGGAUUCGCGGGAACUGAGUCUCGGGUCACCGCGGGGAGCGCUCGGCUGCGCCCCGGGCCGCCAGGCCUCCUCUCUCCGAGAGCAGGGACCUAGAUGCUUCGCUCACGGUCGUGGAGGGCGUUCAGGCCUGUGGAGCGUCUCGGUCCGGACGUACGCUUGGCUUCUGUUGCUUUCAGUUGCCCUCCAAGCUGGAUUUAAAGAGAAGGGCCGGCACGCAGGGCCAACCGGUGGCCGAUGCCUUUGGAACAAGUCGGCGUGGACAUGCACGUUUCAAGGAGCUGUGGUUUCCUGGAGGCCAAGCUCUGGGAAACGGCAGAAACGCGCGCGGGCUUGGGCUCCGGGUCCUCCCCGGAAAGGGGCGGCGGCGCAGGCCAAGGCGCCCUCCACCUCCGUCCUGGGGCUCCCGGGAGCCGGGCAGGCUGAGCGGCGACGCGGCCCGAAGUCGUGCGCGCGGGCGGCGAGGGGGCGCUGUGGCCCGCAGCUGCCGCCUCGUCCCCAUCGCGGUGGCCCCGGCGCUGUCCCCGGCCACCGACGGGCGGCGGGCUUCCCGACCUGCCUCCUCCCACGUCGGUUUGAUUCGGGGAAGAAGGACAAUAACCCUGGAGCAUUUCAAUAAAACCUGAGUCUCGCUCGAC